AAUCAAUUCCUAGAAUUCACAUGGGAAUGUGUUCGGAAACUUGGAGGAAACAGACAUUUGAUCAUCCAUUAAUUAAUUGUGCAGAAAACAGUACAAAAAGAAGCUUCUAAUUAGUUUAUCACACGGUCUAUAUUAUAUAUAUAAACACACACUAACAUUAGUCCAUAACUUUCCAACUAUCAAGAAAUCUUUUACUUUCACCUCUUCAAUUUCUCCUUCUCCAAAUCUUCGGUUUCUAUCAAAACAUGAAGCAACAAAGGGCAUACAUGUUCUUCACUAUUGCUACUCUAAUCUCUGUGCUCCUUUUUUCACAUCAAGUUAAAGCUCAAGAAGUUGAGGAUGAGAGAGAGUUUGAUUACAUUCAAGGGAGUGAAAAGGGGCCUGAGAAAUGGGGAGAGCUUAAGAAAGAGUGGGCAUCUUGCAAGAACGGAACUUUACAAUCUCCUAUUGAUAUGUCCAAUCAAAGAGUUAAGAUCAUCCCAAAAUCAGGAGAUCUGAAAAGGAAUUACAGGUCUUGUAAUUCUACUGUCAAGAAUCGAGGCCAUGAUAUUUCGCUUCAAUGGGAGGGACAUAAAGCAGGAUCGGUAAAUAUCAAUGGCACUGGGUACUUUCUCCAACAAUGCCAUUGGCACUCUCCUUCUGAGCAUACAAUCAAUGGCAGAAGGUAUGACAUGGAGCUCCACAUGGUUCAUGAAAGCACAGACCCUAAUGUGAAAAACAAGAUAGCUGUUACUGGAAUCCUCUACAAGAUUGGUCAACCUGAUGCUUUCCUCUCCAAGUUGCUGGGGAAUGUAAUUUCUAUGACUGAUCACAAGCAAGACAGAAACAUGGGAAUGAUAAAUCCAAAUGAGAUAAAAAUGGGUGGCAAGAGAUAUUACAGAUAUGAGGGCUCACUCACUGUUCCUCCUUGCACUGAAGGUGUUAUUUGGACCAUUAACAAAAAGAUAAGGACAGUUUCAAUAGACCAAGUUAAAGCACUCAGAGAGGCAGUUCAUGAUUAUGCCGAGAAAAAUUCAAGACCAAUGCAGCCACUCAAUGAACGAGAGGUCCAACUUUAUGGGGCUAAUUAAAAUCAGGGGAAAGCACAAAUCCAACCAAGAGUUAUUAGCAAUAUCUUUUCAUUACCAUUUUACUUCAAGGAAAUUUUUUUGUUCUAAUCUUCAAGUAUUCUUUCAAUUCUUACUGUUGGUUGUCUGUUUACACAGAAAAUCCACAUAUUGUAGCCAUUGAUAAGUAAUGUGAUUAGAGAAUGAGGUUUUUAGAACCAUUGCUCGAA